AGCGCCCCGGAAGUGACGUAUCGGAAACUAACUUCAGCGGAGUGUCUUUUGUGUGCCGCCCGCUGCUGCGACAGCGUCUGGUGACGGGCCUGCGCUUACACGAACAUACAUGGGGAAGAAGAGUCGUCUCACCGGAGGAGCGGUUGGUCGGAGAACCAUCCUGCAGCUGUCCCCUCCCGGGACUCGCGCUGGGAAUGCUGGAGAAGAAGCGGCGUCGGCGUCUGAGGAUGAACAGGACGGUGAUGUAAACAGAUUCCUGAAACGUACAAACAUGAAGACAGCAGCAGUGAAGGCCACAGAGGGCUUGUCCUUGCUUGGAGCCUAUGAAGACAGUGAUGAAGAAGAUGCUGGAGACUCCCAUCGUUCAACUGCAAAACCCCAGUCAGCAGACAUUGACAGCACAUUGGCCAAUUUUAUGGCUGAAAUUGAUGCCAUCACAACUCAACCAACUCCAGAUGACACAACAUCUAAUCCUUCAGAUCCAAACACUGUACCGCCCAAACCAGAAGGCAGUGCUCAGCAUCCAGCUGCCAGUGAUGGGGCAAAUCAAAACAAUGCAGACUUUGAGUACAAUACACAGUACUCUCUGGCAGGAGUUGGUGUAGAGAUGGGUGACUGGCAGGAGGUGUGGGACGAGAACUCUGGCUGCCAUUACUACUGGAACACUCAGACUAACGAGGUGUCCUGGGAGCUCCCGCACUAUCUGGCUGAUCAGGUGCAAAACCUGAGUCAGCAUGGCAACAGCUCUAGUGUAAAUGGCAAUGGUACAGGCCAUGCAGGUUACUAUGCUGAGGAAAAUGUUGCCUCGGCUGCAGCACCAACAACAGUGAAAGAGACCAAAGUGAAGGAGGUAAUUGAGAGUGUAGUAGGUCUCACGAGUGAAGAGGAGGAGCGUCGUGGAGUGGCUGCAUCGCUCCUUGGUCCUUUGAUCUCCUCCGAAGUGAAAGAGGCAGAAGAAAAAUGGAGGAAAAAACUGCUCAGAGGCUUGGACGAGCCGGAGAACAGUUUAGAUUCUGAUGGGGAGGGUGUUCGUCCAGUGGGAUCCCCCUCGAUACCCUGCCUGGACUCGGAAUCGGCACCAACAGUCCAGAAAGACGUUUCCACCAAGAAACAGUCUGGAGACACCUCUGAGGCUGAAGAGGAAACGGAAGAAGACACAGUGGAGCUCGAGCUUGCUCUUGAAAGAAAAAAGGCUGAACUCCGAGCUUUGGAGGAAGGCGACGGGAGUGCGGGGGGCUCCAGUCCUAGCUCUGAGACGAGCCAAGACGUCUCUGCCUCCCGUGGUCAGUUAUUGAAAAAGAACCGGUGGAAGACUGUCUUUCCCUGUGCUGCCAGCCCCGACUCAAACAGCAGAGGGUCCGACUUAGUGGACAGCACAGACUCGGUUUCUAAAGUUUUAGAAAGUGUCACAGAAGGAGAAGACAAGGAAGUGAAAGACUCCGAAGACAAAACAGCUUCGAAGCCGCCUGUGAAAGAGGAGACGGAAACAUCUGAGCUCAAAGUGGAAACACCUGAGCUCAAGUUUCAGAUUGGAGAACUGGCAAACACCUUAACCAGCAAGAUGGAGUUCCUGGGAAUAAACAAAAAGGCGAUCUCAAACUUCCAGCUUCUUCUGCUACAGACUGAGACAAGAAUCGCUGACUGGAGGGAGGGUGCUCUGAAUGGCGUCUAUCUUCGCCGCAGGCUUCAGGAAGCUGCCGAACACAUAAAAUAUUACGAACUUAACGCCACCCCUAAAGGCUGGUCCUGCCACUGGGACAGAGAGCACAGGCGGUAUUUCUAUGUGAAGGACCGGACCGGUUCCUCGCAGUGGGAUUUUCCAACAGAAGAGGACAAGGAGGAUGACCCAAAAAACGGCAAAUCACAGACAUCAAGCCAAGGAGAAAACAAAUCGUCUACAUCUGCCGGACCUCCUCCGUUUGCUGCCCCACCACAUCCACCUCCCGAGUCCAGCACAUCAUCUGUUUGGCCCCCUCCCCAGCCACCGCUUCCCAACAGCCCUCCUCCACCACCGUCCAACUACCCCCCACCUCCACCUCUCCCGCCAGGCUCGCCCCCUCCCCCUCCCCCUCCUCCUGACAGUGAUGGAGAGAUCAUGGAGGUGGAGAUGGAGAUGGACGACGACGACGAGGAGCCUCCCGCUCCUGGAACUGAAGACGAUGGCAGCGGGAGGCCUCCUUUGCCCCCCGGCAUGGCUGGGAUGAAGAUUAUUGAGCCAUCAGGUUCCCUGGGAAAGGGUCAAAAACGAAAAGCCAGCCAGCUUGGAAAGACCAUAACAAUCGGCAGCAGUCCCAUUCUCUACACACAGCCAGCUGUCAGUGCAGGUUUCGCCCUGUCUGCAGCCCCUCUGAUGUCGGCAGCUGCUUAUUGGGCUGUGCCAGCUGUGGCGGCACCUUUAGUCCCCUGUGAACCUCCUGCCCCUCCUCUACCAGCCCUGCCUCCUCAGCCACCACUGCCACCACCCCAGCCGCCAUUUGAGCCUCCCGGAGCCAAACCUCUGCCCGUGGACAAGAGCAAAAAACCAAAAAAGGAGAAGUCCAAGAAAAGUAAGACCAAAAUGCCCUCCUUGGUGAAGAAGUGGCAGACCAUCCAGAAGGAGUUGGAUGAAGAAGAGAAGAGCAGCUCCAGUGAUGAAGACAGAGACCAGCUCAACAAGAAGAGUAUUGAAGACUGGAAGCAACAGCAGCUCAUGACGGGAAAAGCCUCAAAGAAUGCCAACUUCGAGGCGUUGCCUGACGACUGGAGGGACCGUUUGAAAAAACGGAAGAUGAUGAACAGCACAUAACACCCAGCCGAAGUCGUCUAUCCCUUAGUCAGCCUUUUUAAAAUGCAUUUCAUUUCCGUGAACGGCCAUAUCCAGUUGAAUUUGUUCAGUGACCAGUGGACAUGAACAUCACGUGAUCUGAUGAGACCUACAGAAGCCCCUCCUUGGCGGGCCAUUCACACAGAGGGGCCUAAAUGUCUUUAUUUUUUGGGAUUUUGGAGGUAUAUUUGUUAAUGUGCCAAAUGUCCUCGGGUCAUCAAAUUAUCAGUAUUUGGUCAUCACUCUGUAAAGACCCAUUUAGACAGUACAGUAUAUUGGUUGGCUUUUUUUUAAAGAUCAUUUUUACAACUGUAUAUAAGCUGUAUAAUGGGAGAAGUAAUGUUUGUGAAAAGGGAAGGGAAUGCCAUUGAACUUGUAUAUUUUGUAAAAAGUUAUUAAAAAAUUCAAAGCGA